AUGCCGUGGAAGAACUCUGGCCUCGGUAGAACAAUUAUUAAAGAUAGAUUUAAAGGUCAUAAACCUAAAGAUGGCGAUACUGCAUUGCAUACAACUGACUUAAACGAUGGGCCUAGCUGGACAAACUUACAAUCAAUAACACAUCAAAAAGAUUUGGAUGAAUUUCUUAGUACGGCACAAUUAGCAGGAACACAAUUUACAGCUGAAAGGUUGAAUAUUAAGGUAGUGACAAAUCAUUAUGAGAAUCCGUUUCUUUUGAGCUCUGAAAAAGAAAAAGAAACAUUGGCAAGACAUGAAGCUAAUAAAGAACGAUUGGUUAUACCUAGAAGACCCAAAUGGGAUAAAUCAACAACCCCUGAACAAUUAGAACAUGAAGAAAAAGAAUCAUUCCUAAGAUGGAGACGUAAACUUGCACAUUUACAAGAACAAGAUGAAUUCUUGUUGACACCGUUUGAACGAAAUAUAGAAGUUUGGAGACAAUUAUGGCGAGUAAUAGAAAGAUCAGAUUUAGUUGUUCAGAUAGUAGAUGCUAGAAAUCCUUUGUUCUUUCGUUCAAUUGAUUUGGAAAAAUAUGUUAAGGAAAUUGAUGAAAAAAAAAAGAAUCUUUUAUUAAUUAAUAAAGCUGAUUUGUUGACUAAAUAUUUUGAUUCACAAGGAAUUCGGUAUAUAUUUUUUUCUGCAGUUUUAGCUAAUGAAGAGAUUGAAAAACAAAUAAAGACUGAUGUAAAGAUUGUAACAACAGAAGAUUUAAUAUCUUUACUAACAGCAGAGGUUCAAGAUAUGGAAGGAUUGGUCGGGUAUCCCAAUGUAGGAAAAUCAUCUACAAUAAAUACACUUUUAGGUGCGAAGAAAGUAUCAGUAUCAUCAACGCCAGGAAAAACUAAACAUUUCCAAACAAUAAAUCUAUCGCAAAACCUCGUGUUAUGUGAUUGCCCUGGAUUGGUGUUUCCAAAUUUCGCGACAACAAAUGCGGAAAUGAUUUGUAAUGGUGUAUUACCAAUUGAUCAGAUGAGAGAACACACAGGACCUGCUGCACUAGUCUCGAAACGGAUACCUAAAGAUGUUCUCGAGACUAUGUAUGGUAUUAAAAUUUUGACGAAACCUGUUGAGGAGGGUGGAAGUGGUAUACCAACGCCAGAAGAAUUUUUAACCGCUUACGCAGGCAGAUUAGCUGCUAGAGGAUUAACAAAAUCUGGACAUGGUAAUUAUGAUGAAUCACGUGCUGCACGAUAUAUAUUAAAAGAUUAUGUUAAAGGUAAAUUGCCAUUUUGUCACCCGCCACCAGAUAGCAAUAUUUCCAUAGAAGAAUUUAAUAUGGAACUUCAUGAUCCAAAAUUAUAUCUUAAAAAAAAUAACAACAAAAAAACGAUUACAUCAUCUAACAUCAAUGAUGCUAAAGAAGAAUAUGAAUAUGAUGAUGGCAUUAAUGACAUUAUCAUAAGUGGUGCCAAAAUUAAAGGAAAAUUUUCAAAAACGGUCAAUGAAUUUAAUAGGGUAAAAUUUUAUCCAAUUAAUUAUGAUAUUGAUGAUAAUAAUAAUGACAGUAGUAGGGAUGUAGGAAGGAUUGUAUUAACGGGUAAAAAACAUUUUAAAAAAGGGAGAAAGAAACAUUAA